GUGUGUGUGUGUGUGUGUGUGUGUGUGUGUGUGUGUCGCAGCCCUGUAUGGAAAAUGGAGACGCUACACCAGCACUGCACGAGCUAAAGAUCAAUUAGGCCUAGCUAAUACUCAUGUGAUUUUUAAGACCAGACAAACUGGUAUUAAUAGCACCCAGGUUGAAACGCACACGGACACCGGCCAAGGCAACCAUGGAAAUCUUUGGGAAUUCAGAGCGCUUUACGGUUUUUCCACCUCUGGAAUUGGGAAAUGACAACACGUCUCCGAUACUUUAUAUGCAACUGUUUCAUCUGUUUUAGGAUCGCCGGCUUUCAACGAACAUGAUUUUAUGGGCUCGUAGUUUUAGGUCGUAAGAAAUGAGCGCAAACUGAUCUGAGACACAAAACGAUUAGUCAGCUAAGUUAGUUUCGUUGUGUAUUUUAGUUGCUCUUGAUUUUAAUCUUAAAAUUGUGGAUUUUAGAAGUCUUAAUAGAUAUGGGAUUUUUUAUACAUAAUUUAUAACGUAGAUGAUAUAAUUUUAUUAUAACUUUUUUUUUUUUUUUUUUUUUGCAACGAGACAAACAACUUUAACUGUAAAAAUGAGAUCUCUGGCCCCGGGAAUCAAACUCAUUACUUCUUUCUCUAGAGACAGCUGGUACCGGUUCUUCAUCCUCCUCCUUACGUUUGUCUUCUACACCACCUACCACCUCUCUCGAAAGCCUAUCAGUAUUGUCAAGAGUCAGCUGCACAGAAACUGCUCUAAUGUUAUUCAUCCAGCAGACCUCAACAUCACUGACAAUGACACCUGGUGUGAUUGGGCUCCUUUUGACCAGAACAAUUACCGGAACCUGUUUGGAGUCUUGGACAACUGCUUCCUUGUUGCAUAUGCUAUCGGCAUGUUCUUUAGUGGGAUAUUUGGAGAGCGUUUGCCCCUGCGUUACUACCUGAGCUCAGGGAUGAUUCUCAGUGGCAUUUUCACUGCUCUGUUUGGCCUGGGCUUUUACUGGCAAAUCCACUCUUUGUGGUAUUAUUGCUUAGUUCAGGCCUUAAAUGGGCUGGUACAGACUACAGGCUGGCCGGCAGUGGUAGCGUGUGUUGGGAACUGGUUUGGGAAGGGAAAGCGUGGAUUAAUCAUGGGCGUCUGGAAUUCUCACACCUCAGUAGGAAACAUUCUGGGCUCCCUCAUUGCUGGGGUCUAUGUGUCGUCCGCGUGGGGCCUGUCAUUCAUUGUGCCUGGUAUCAUCAUCGCUGUUGCUGGAGUCAUCUGUUUUUUGUUCCUGGUUGAAAAACCUGAAGAUGUGAACUGUACUCCACCACAACACCAUGAGAGUGUGGAGCAGGAGCCUCUACUGAGGAACUCGUCCAGUAAUGAGGAGAUCUUCAGCGCUAACACCUCCACAGCCGUGGAGACUGUGGAGGAUCACACCGAAGCCAUCAGCUUCUGCGGAGCGCUCAGGAUUCCUGGUGUGGUGGAGUUCUCCUUAUGUUUGCUUUUUGCCAAGCUGGUCAGCUACACCUUUCUCUACUGGCUUCCUUUAUACAUCGCUAAUGUUGCUCAUUUUGAUCCUAAAGAAGCUGGGGACCUGUCUACGCUGUUUGAUGUUGGAGGAAUUGUGGGUGGCAUCCUGGCUGGAUUGAUAUCUGACUACAGUGGAGGCAGAGCCACUACUUGCUGUGCCAUGUUGAUCAUUGCUGCUCCAAUGCUGUUCCUGUACAAUAAGAUCGGGCAGAACGGCUUGCCAACCACCAUUGGCAUGUUGCUGUGGUGUGGUGCUCUCGUGAAUGGACCCUACGCCCUCAUCACCACUGCUGUAUCAGCUGACUUAGGAACCCAUGAGUGCCUGAGAGGGAACUCCAGAGCACUGUCCACUGUGACCGCCAUUAUUGACGGCACUGGAUCUAUAGGUGCCGCUGUUGGGCCUCUGUUGGCUGGUCUGAUCUCUCCCACCGGAUGGAAUAAUGUUUUCUAUAUGCUCAUUGCUGCUGAUGUGCUGGCCUGUCUGCUGUUGUCCAGGCUCGUGUAUAAGGAGGUCAGAGGAUGGUGUGGAUACACUACAAGGCUGAGAGGGUAAAUGUGUGUUUAUGGUGAAAUAUGUUCAAAGAGAUCUGAGCCGCCCGUCGAACAAGAGAAUAUCACACCUGUGACGGAAAAUGACCUGCAGCAUAACGACAAAAAGGGACCAUGGAUUGAGGCAACACACCAAGCCUUUUUAUGCCCAAGGGUUAUUUUAUAUGAAAAUUGUAACAUAAGACUUUCAUCCUUUUAUACUGACAAUGGAACAAAGCUCAGCUGCUGCAGUGAAGGAGGAGGAGAGUUACACACACCCUCGUCCACACGUGGCCUGAGUGGGACAAACACAACAGGAUCACUAAGCGUCUUCAUUUUAAUACAGGAUGUUUUUAGUGACUGCUCAAUACAAAUGUACCUUUUUUUCUAGAAUUAAAAUAUGCCAUCGGUGCUUUGUCCUUUUAUGUCAUUCGUACGUUUCCUGUUUGUUAUUGGCCUGGCUAGCUGUGAAUCUUAUCAGCAGUAAUGAUUAAACAGAGCCUGAAUAUGUAUUGUAAUAGAUACUGAGGUCAUAUUCAUGUGCAUACACACUUAAUCACUCUCAACUUCAUUAAAAUACCAGGUGGCUCCAAGCAUCCCAAGAGAACCUCUUGGCUUUAUUCUCUGAGGCUGUGUAUGUGUGGAUGCACGUUACUGGUAGCUGGUUUUCUAGCUUUAGGGUAUAGAUACUAUCAGCUCCUGUCAAAAUGAGAAAUCGUGUGAAAGGCAAACAGUCAUAUCUGCAGAAUAAUGCUCUGUGAUAAAUUUUUUCUGGACAGUUUAAGCCGUGUUAUUAGUCAUUACAUUUUUUUUUAAAUAUUCAGUUAUGAUUAAUAAUGUUACUUUAUUUAUGUUAAUUUAUUGAUUAUAAAAAAGGUCAUGUCCAGGUCAUGUCAUACUGUAUGGGGCAAGUUGUUACAAUACUACAAAUUUCUAACAGUAAAACAUGAGAAACAUUGAAAAAAACAAUUAAUUAAACAGUAAAAAUGUACAAGAUAACAUAUGAAAGUAUAACGCCAUCGUUUUGUACAACAGAAAUCAUAAUCAGUUUUGUAAUUAAUGGAUUAAUUAAUAAAUUGUAACUAUACAUUUUAACAUUUUCAG